AUGAUUAUCCAUCCAUGGAAGCAACUCAAAAUCUUUCCAUCUGCUAUGGUGUUAGCUACUGUGUUAUGUUUAUGCACCCACCCAUCCACCACCUCAAAAGUCUCCACCGCCUCUUUAAUUCACAUAUUCAAUCUGUUUCUCUCAAUUGAGGAGACGACGAAGAAAAGUAAGAAGAAAAAGAUGAAGACAGCUGAGGUCGAUGAAGAAGCGGAACCGAUUAAGGAAGACAAUCCAAAUGCGGUUUCGAACUUUAGGAUUUCUGAGCCGUUGAGGAAUGCCUUAAAGGCUAAGGGGAUCGAGGCUUAG